CUGAGAGAAUCAUAUUCCAUGAUCCAUCUUCGCUAUGUUUGGAAUUCUACUCCUGGCUUGAAAUUGAAUUCUGGUAGUUGGAUGGAUGCCUUCGUCAUGCCGCCUAAUAUACAGUUUUCGUUUUGGAAACCAAACCAAUAUUUGAUUGCCUCUGUUUGGAACGGAGGAAAAUGGAUUACGGAAAGUCGCACACGAAAUUUUUAAGCCAUUUUGCUUGCCCCAUACGACAUCGUUCCCUGGCCCCCACCUUUUUUCGCCCUUCCUCUACAUGAAUAUAUAUUCUUCGUCGUCUUCCACUGGACUAGUGAAAGCAUUUUCGAACGACUUGGGUUCGCUUUCCUCAAAUCAGUAGAGCAUCGGAUGGUAGAAAGUGACUUUAUAUCUAUCCCUGGAAGUAGAUUAAAAUAAAGAAAAGAAAAAGGAUAAAUAUACAAAUACGUACUCCCAUGGCGUCCAAUACUUCCGCUAUCAUCGCUUGGGGCUCAGGAGAGGAUGGGCAAUUGGGAAUCGGGAAUAACGAAGAGAGAGAAUGGGUUUGCGCCAUUAAAGCCCUAGACUCGCAGUCUGUCCGUUCCGUCGUCGCUGGCAGCCGCAACUCCCUCGCCAUUUGCCACGACGGCAAGUUGUUUACGUGGGGGUGGAACCAAAGAGGGACACUGGGACACCCACCAGAGACCAAAACUGAGAAUAUUCCCAGUCAGGUUAAGGCGCUUGCCAGUGUUAAAAUCGUUCAGGCGGCCAUUGGUGGGUGGCACUGUUUGGCUGUUGAUGAUCAAGGCCGAGCUUAUGCCUGGGGUGGGAAUGAGUAUGGGCAGUGUGGGGAAGAACCAGAGAGGAAAGAUGACAGUGGUAGGCUGUUGAGAAGGGAUAUAAUGAUUCCUCAGCGCUGUGCACCAAAGUUUGUAGUUCGCCAGGUAGCUGCUGGAGGUACUCACUCUGUGGUACUUACACGUGAUGGGCAUGUAUGGACAUGGGGUCAGCCAUGGCCACCUGGAGACAUAAAGCAGAUCUCUGUUCCUGUUCGAGUUCUAGGUCUUGAAAAUGUGAGGCUCAUUGCAGUUGGGGCAUUUCAUAAUUUGGCUCUCCAAGAGGAUGGGACUUUAUUGGCAUGGGGUAAUAAUGAAUAUGGACAGCUUGGGACUGGAGACACCCAACCAAGAUCACAUCCUGUUGUUGUCCAUGGGCUUUCUGGUCUUACUUUGGUUGAUAUUGCUGCUGGAGGUUGGCAUUCUACUGCAUUAACGGAUGAUGGAGAGGUGUAUGGAUGGGGAAGAGGUGAACAUGGGAGGCUAGGAUUUGGAGAUAAUGACAAGAGCAGUAAAAUGGUGCCUCAGCGGGUUCAUCUUCUGGCUGGAGAGGACAUUGUUCAGGUGUCUUGUGGAGGCACGCACUCGGUUGCACUAACUCGUGAUGGGCGCAUGUUCUCGUUUGGUCGAGGUGACCAUGGGCGUCUUGGAUAUGGUCGGAAAGUCACUACCGGUCAACCAAUGGAAGUGCCCAUAAACAUUCCCCCUCCACAAAAUGUUAGCGAGGGUGCAGCUGAGGGGAGUUGGAUAGCUAAACUCGUUGCUUGUGGUGGACGCCACACCCUAGCUAUUGUAGAAUGGAAGACCAACGAGUCUAAACAGUAAGUGAUAAAUAAUGCUACCGGAUGUUUAGAAACAGAAUAAGUCACUCAAAAACUUAUCAACAAACCAAUAAAGAAAGAACAAUUUGAUGAGAUAAAA